UCCAGCAAACUAGUUUAUGGGUAAAAUGGCGAUUCAGAAACAUAAAGUAGUGUAGUGUACAGUAAAUUAUGAAUAGAAUUUGACUAAUUAAAGCUAGCGGUAAAUUAAUUUCUUUUAUUGAAAUAAACACAAAGCAUUUCGUCGGCUUUAUGUGUUACUUUACGUGUCCAAAAGUGUGAUAUUUCGUAGUGAUUGUGAGAAUAUUCGGUUGGAAUUAGCGUAACGUUAUAAUUAUACCUAUAAUUAUGUUGCUGCUGCUGCCAUUACUUAUCUAAAAAAUCGACAAAGAAAAGUUAUGUUUACCUGCGAAUCUCGAUAUUUGACUAGUCGGACCACAACAAGACAAUGGAUACUGAAGGAUCGGUAAAAUCCGAACAAAGUUCAAGAUCGAGACGGCGUGGAACUCGCCAUUCCCAUCGCAGCAAUCAUCACUCCCGAAAACAUCCGGAUAUGGCACCGUUUCAAACCAGCGUUAAUCUGGGCGAUAGCCGUGACGGACAAGAAAUUAUUGAAGUACAAAUUUUGCCACAGGACGAGAAUUGGGGUGAAAAUACGACCGCUAUAACUGGCAAUACAUCGGAACAGAGUAUUUCCAUGGAAGACGUUAGCAAUUGGCAAAACAACAAUGAUUCCGGCAUAGGAUUUGCUUGUCAACGUUACAUUGAAACGACUUUUUCGCUCGUUUUAUCGUCAGCUGCAUUCCUCAGCCCAAUUGCAAUGGUCAUGCUACCGAAGAUGGGAUUUUUUCCCAGUGCCUUCGAAAGUUCCGACUUAACGCAAAUCAAUCGAGCUCAUUUGUUGGCCUGCAAUGGCGAAUGUAAGGGAUUGCUGGUAUCGCUGGUAGCCCGAAUGCUUCUGUUGGCUCUUGGUCUGUGGGCAUUAUUUUUGCGAAGACCCAGCGCUAAACUACCGAGAGUGUUUAUGUUUCGAGCCACGGUUCAGUUGUUGGUUUUGGUUUCAACGUUUGCUUAUUGGCUGUUCUACAUAGUACAAGUAACUGAAGGAACAAAGGCUUUAGUGGAAGGACACGAAGCGUCCGAUUACAAAUCGUUAGUGUCGUAUGCAACAAAUUUCGUGGAUACGUUGCUGUUCAUUCAUUACAUCGCUUGUGUACUGUUAGAGAUACGGCAUCAACAGCCAGCGUACUAUGUCAAAGUGGUUCGAAGUCCAGACGGUGAAAGUCGUUCGUACAGUAUUGGUCAGUUGAGCAUUCAACGAGCCGCCGUAUGGAUCCUACAAAACUACUACACCGACUUUCCCAUUUACAAUCCGUAUUUGGAAAAGGUUCCAAUCUCCAAGUCGCAGAAGAAAGGCGUUUCCAGUUUCAAAUUUUACGAAGUUGACGGUGUGAACCCAUCUCAGCAACAGAGUCAAAGUCGUGCGGUCCUUGCUGCUCACGCCAGGCGUCGUGAUUCAUCGCACAACGAAAGAUUCUAUGAGGAACAGGAAUACGAUCGUCGUGUGAAGAAGCGACGUGCCCGUCUUAUCACAGCCGCUGAAGAAGCGUUCACACAUAUACGCCGUGUUCACAAUGAACCAACGCCAGCUAUACCAUUGGAUCCACAAGAAGCAGCUCAAGCCGUUUUCCCGAGCAUGGCUCGAGCCUUGCAAAAGUAUCUGCGUGUGACGCGUCAGCAACCCAGACACACCGUUGAAGCGAUCAUCCAUCAUCUGUCGCAUUGUCUGAAGCACGAUAUGUCACCGAGAGCCUUCCUUGAACCGUAUCUAGUUGAAUCGCCGCUGUUACAAAACGAAAAAGAACGUCGCUCGGUUCAGCCGUGGUCAUUGAUCUGUGACGAACUGUUGUCGCGUCCGUUGCGGCACAAUUGCACAUUUCAGUUGAUUCAGAAUGACGUUUCGUUGCUGGUGAAUGUGUACAAACUUCCGUACUUUAACAUAUCCGAAGAAGUGGUGGAUCCAAAGAGCAAUAAAUUUGUUUUGAAAUUGAACUCCGAGACGAGUGUAUGACCAAGUCUUUGGUAAGAUAUUCUUUUUAAAUUAUUUUCCUUUUUUUAAGAAAAAUUCUGUUUCGUACUUUGAGCGCAGUUAAACGCGUCGAUUUUAGUUAUAUUUAGUGAAAAUUGAUCAACAUCUGAAGUUUAAAUUUUGACAAAUUUGCUCAGAGAAUUUUUCUUUUUAAUUUUAAUUUUGUCUCAACUGCACAUAGCGUUAAUUUAAUGACAAUUCGGGAGGUCAAUAGCAUUGAAUUUCAUUGAUAAUGUCAAUUAGGGUGGUUUGAAAUUACUGAAGAGAACUUGAAACUUCUUUAAGAUAAGUAAGAAAAUCUCAAUUUUCUUAAGGUUUGGUCUAUGUGAUAGCACUCGCUGUGACGUGACGGUUCAACUGUUAUGUAGUUUCAACACUCUAGAGAGCACGUCUCUUUUCGGAAAAUUUAAUUGCUAAAUUAUUCCAAAAAACGCCAAAGAAACGUAAAAAAUGGAAAAUUUGUCUUUUUGGCGUUUUUUCAUUUGGCGAUUUUCGUUGGCGUUUCUCUUCUUCACAUUCUGUCCAUUUUUGUUGGCGAUUUAGCAAAUCAACCAAACAUGAUGAUGAAUUUGUUCGAUACCAUAGAAUGUAUCCUGUUACGAAAGGUUACGCAAGGGCUUUUUGUUCGAUCCUAGGGAACCUACCACUAAAAAAGUGACGGAAAGGCGUUCGAUCCUUACGAAAGUAUCGUUUUACGAAAUGAACUUCAUAGACAGAAUAGUCAUAGACGUUUUGUUCGAUUUUUUAGUUUAUUCAACGAGAUUUAAUUCGUACUACAGCCUUUUUCAAGCAAUCAAAAAGGUAUUUUUUCACUUUGGCGAUUCUUCACACUCUGGCGAUUUUUCUUGGCUUUUCUCUACACUUUGGCGAUUUUUCUCGGCAACUCAUCAUUUUUGGUUGAUUUGUUUGAUCAUCGAGAGAAAUCGACAGAAUGUGAAGAAACGUUAAGGAAAAACAUUAAAAUGUGAAAAGGCGCCGAGAAACAUAAGGAAUGGAAAAUUUAGCUUUCCGGCGUUUCUUUACACUUCCGAUUUUCCUUGACGUUCCUCAACCUUGGAUAUUUUUCUAGUCGGUUUUUCACACUCUGACAAUGUUUCUUGGUGAUUUAACAAAAAUCAGUCAAAAAUAUGAAAUGCCAAAAAAAAUCUUAGCAAAUCAAUUUUCCAAAUCUCAAACAGAUCCCGAGACUGUGAUCCAGACUGCUAAAACACAAGCUCGAUGUUUUAAAUUUCUCCAUUUAAUUUUAAUCGAAAGUCCCAUAAAACUUGAAAAAAAAAGAUUUUAGGAAUGUCUCGGCCAAAAAUUUGCCGCUAACUUUUAUUCGUCCUUUAAACUUUUUGUCGCUAAGAGUAUUACUAGUGCGUUGAAGCUAUGAGUGAAUUUGUGGAUGUUUCCUAAAAUUAUUAUUUUCAGAAGCUACAGCGACAGCUCUGAUAGCGUGAGCUUUCAUAAAAAUGAGAUAGACAGAAAGGAAUGUAUUUCGAACCACCCUAUUAUGUCUGACGAACGAUCAAUGAUUUAGUUAGGAAUUAAUAUGAGUGAGAGAAGACUUUCGAAACAUCGGUUGGUGUGAAAUUCUAACAAAAUGUCUACGAAAGUCCGUGUCGGUCACAACAACAUAAUUUAGUAUUAAAAUGUAAAGUAAUUUAGCUUUUUACGCAACAAUCUCCAGUGAAUAAGACUUUUUUUGUACGAGAAAUAAACUGAACUAUUUACACAAUUUAUCGCGAUUACAAACUGAAAUUAUUAUAAGGAAUUUUAUAUAAGUAAGAUUAUAACAAAUAAUUACUGAGUACUUGUUCCUUAA